AUGACUACUCAUACCAUGUCUCCAACAACUGCAACCGCAACUACCAAUGACCACAUGGUCUACAGUAACAACAACUCUGAAAGAAACCAAUACCCAUCCAUCCCGUCAGAACUCAUCGUCUACAUCUUCAAGUUCCUCUCCAACCCUCUCGACCUGCGCUCGGUUAUCCUCGUCUGCAAGCUGUGGUGCUCCUGCGGUGUCGACCUCCUAUGGUCUCGCCCCGCCCUGCUCAGUAUACCCUUGGCGAUAAAGAUGUGUGACAUCAUGACCCUCGACAGAACACAGACCAUCUUCCCCUAUGCAACCUACAUUCGCCGCCUCAACUUUUCCUUCCUUGCCCAGGAACUCACCGACGAGACUUUGAUCCGCUUCAGCGGCUGCUCGCGGCUCGAACGGCUGUUGUUGCCAGGAUGCAACAAGACCACAGAGGAAGGGCUCAAGCAGAUCCUGCAGGCCGGCAAGGGUCUUUACUCCCUGGAUCUGUCCGAGAUCCCAGCCGUCACGGAUGCGGUGCUGGACUCUGUCGCCCGCUUCUGCCCUAAACUCCACACUCUGUACCUUGCCGGAUGUGCGGCCCUUACCGACGAUGCUAUUGUGCAACUGGCCGCUAGUUGCUCAAGUCUCAAGCGAAUCAAGCUCAGCCAAUGCGUUCUCCUGACAGAUCGGUCCAUCCUUGCACUCACGCAGAACUGCCCACAGCUCAUGGAAAUCGAUAUCACCAACUGCAACCUUAUGACCAACACCGCUAUUCGGUCUGUUGUCCAGAGUCUGCCCCAGAUCCGGGAUAUCAACAUGACUCUCCUCGCCAAUCUCUCCGACCUAGCCUUCUCAGCCAUUCCCCUUGGAUCCAACCCCUCCGCCCUCCAACUCCCCUCUGCUUCGCUGAUCUCACACCGAUUCGACCAGCUCAGGGUCCUGAAUUUGACGUCCUGUGUUCACAUUACAGACGAGACCCUGGCCAGAAUUAUCCCUGCAGCACCCCGACUCCGCAACCUGACCCUGACCAAAUGUGACCAGAUCACCGAUGUUGGAGCAAGUGUCAUCAAACUCCUGGGCAAGCACCUUCAUUACCUGCAUCUAGGACACUGCUCAAAGUUGACAGACAGGGCGAUUGCCACAUUGGCCCAACACUGCACUCGCAUUCGAUACCUCGAUCUUGCCUGCUGCUCCAAACUCACCGACGCAGCCGUCUUUGCCAUGGCUCAGCUGCCAAAGUUGCGCAGGAUCGGGCUCGUCAAAUGCACCAACAUCACGGACCAUGGAAUCUACGCCAUGCUAGUCUCGCAGAUCGUUCCCCAGACGCUCGAGCGCGUGCAUCUCUCGUACUGUGCCCACCUCUCAGAUACUGCUGUCUCAGCCCUGGUCAGUCAGUGCCCCAAGCUGACUCACCUGUCUGUCACUGGAGUGCCUGCCUUCAUGUCACCCAAGUACCAAACAUUUUGUCGAGUUCCACCCUCAGAGUUCACACCCCACCAGCGCGAAGUCUUUUGUGUGUUUUCCGGCAAGGGUGUUCGGGAACUGAGACAAUACAUGCAGGAGAACCCGACCAUGCCUUCUUCGACCCCUUCCAGCAUUCAGAGGAGUUAUCGCAUCAUGGGAUCGACCGUCGCAUCGAUGGUUGCUGGCGGUCAACAUUCGUCGGCCAUCCUGGCGCAUUUGGGCUUGACCUUGCGGGAAACGGAAGCGCAUGUCCAGCAAUUGGCUAUCAACAAUGCUUUCGGCGAAGGGUCGAAUACGGCGUCAGGGCCUGAGGUUACAGCAAUAGAAUUGGCCGACAAUGCAGGAUCGACAAUAGCAGGACAAGCACCCUCUGGCUUAAUGGCUCCCACGCAUAUGGAAGAGCUUGUACCUCACUCCGAGGACGGCAGCGCGGCAGAGUCGUUGGGGCUGCAUCCCCUGAUGGCCGAGUUGGAGCAGGCUGGACGAGACUAUGCCGACAUGAUGAUGCAGGCUGCACGUCACCACCACCGACAUCGACCACACCAUUUCGGAUACCAAGCGCACUCGCAUUCACACUCGGUGUCGAGCUCAGCAAGCCAUGAGUAUGCAGGACAGGAAUCAUCUUCAUCAGCAUCACCCAUCAUGCCCAUGUCGAUGUCGUCUUCAUCGUCUCCUCUGCCGUCGUACACACAUGUCCAUUCGCCCAUGUGUCCGCAUUUUACGGGACACCCCCACCCCUAUUCUCUAGAGGCACUUGCGGCACCGACAACCCAGCAGCAAGAUGCGUCAAAUGGAGGACAUGCGGAGGGUUUAGGUAUGACACAGCCAGGAGAAGACCAGGAUGUCCGAAUGACCAGCCCGAGCCCUACAGAGGACGGAACGCUAGGAUCUGGACAGCAAGGCGAGAGCGAGAAUGGCGAAGGAAGCAGUGGUGGAAGUGGUCACGGCAGCCCUACUGACGAGGAAGAAGAAGAAGAGGGGGACCUGGACGAGAAUGUUUUUAACGACGAUGAUGAGGAUGACUAUCAGCGGGAAAGGAGUCGCGGACACGGAUCUUCUCGGCAAAGAUAA